AUGAGUGCCCAACCAGUUGACGACGAUGGCAAACUGUUCCCAGACGUUGGCUCUAACACCCAAGAUACCGUAGAGAUUCGUGUUCGUUUCGUCAACAGAUGUCCAUAUCCAGUCGAUGUGUUCUGGUUGAAUCGAAAUAAACAACCAACGAAAUACGGGACGCUUGGUCAGAAACAGUACUUGGACAUCAAAACGUACCGGAAUCAUCCAUGGGUGGCCCGACGGACGUUCGAUGGGUGCAAGGUGUUGGUGAACAAGAAAUUCAUAUUUUGGCCGGAGCCAACAGCGCAUAAGAACAUUAUCGUCAGGACGUUCUGCGAAAUCACGGCUAGAGUCCAAUCCCUUCGCGAAAUGGCCAGUCGAUCAUUCCUCAAACAAGAUCCGAAACAUGUCGACGAGCAACUCAGCAGUCUACCACGAGACGUUCAAUUCGAAGUUAAGGACUUGCUAGCCGAGAAGCGAGAGUACAACGAAUUCAACUGCCGAGACUUUCAGCCUCCUCCACAAGCAUAA